AUGCCCAACGCAGUCCUGGUGGUCGACAUGGUGCGUGGCUUUCUGGAGCCGGGGCAUAACCUUUACUGCGGCGACGACGCCCGCCGUAUCAUCGAGCCGGUGCGGGAAUUGCUGGGCCGCGAGGCCGGGGCAGGAUCGGCCAUCCUGUUCAUCUCGGACCACCACCUGCCCGACGACCUGGAGUUCCAGAUGUUCCCGGUGCACUGCGUCAUCGGGACGGAGGAGCCCGAGGUCAUCCCAGAGCUGGCCGAGUGGGUCGGCGACGGCAACGUCAUCCCCAAGAACCGGUACAGCGGCUUCUUCAACACCGACCUGGCCGAGCGCUUGGCCGCCCUCAACCCCGACAAGAUAAUCGUGUGCGGGGUGUGCACCGACAUCUGCGUAAUGCACACCACCUCGGACGCGCGUAACCGGGACUACGCCGUGGAGGUGCCCAGCGACUGCGUAGCGUCCUUCGACGGCGACGCCCAUCGCUGGGCGCUGGACCACAUCGGCAAGAUCCUCGGCGCGCAGGUGGUUUAG